GGCUGACGCGUAGACGUAUCUCUGAAGCUAGCUAGGACGGCUACCAUGGUUGACGUGUAUUUAGGCGCUGUAUAGAGGUGACGUGUCUUUAAGGCGCUCCGCCGGCGCACACAUCCUGCCCGAGUCUCACACGGACUAACAACAUCAUGGGGAUUAAGUUCUUGGAAGUCAUCAAGCCCUUCUGUGCGGUUUUACCCGAGAUCCAAAAACCAGAAAGAAAGAUCCAGUUCAGAGAAAAGGUACUAUGGACGGCCAUCACCUUGUUUAUCUUUCUCGUCUGCUGCCAGAUCCCCCUGUUUGGGAUCAUGUCUUCAGACUCAGCAGAUCCCUUCUACUGGAUGAGAGUCAUUUUGGCUUCCAACAGGGGGACUCUGAUGGAGCUGGGUAUCUCCCCCAUCGUGACUUCAGGCCUGAUCAUGCAGCUGCUGGCUGGAGCUAAAAUCAUCGAGGUCGGAGACACGCCCAAAGACAGAGCGCUGUUUAACGGAGCACAGAAAUUGUUUGGGAUGAUCAUCACUAUAGGCCAGGCGAUCGUGUACGUGAUGACUGGGAUGUACGGAGACCCGUCAGAGAUGGGAGCUGGGAUCUGUCUCCUCAUCAUCAUUCAGUUGUUUGUGGCCGGUCUGAUCGUGCUGCUGCUGGACGAGCUGCUUCAGAAAGGAUAUGGUUUGGGCUCGGGUAUCUCCCUCUUCAUCGCCACCAACAUCUGUGAGACCAUCGUGUGGAAAGCCUUCAGUCCAACCACAGUGAACACUGGCAGAGGCACAGAGUUUGAAGGCGCCAUCAUCGCUCUGUUCCACUUGCUGGCCACUCGUACAGAUAAAGUGCGUGCACUGAGAGAGGCCUUCUACAGGCAGAACCUGCCCAAUCUCAUGAACCUCAUCGCUACCGUCUUCGUCUUCGCCGUGGUCAUAUACUUCCAGGGCUUCAGAGUGGACCUGCCCAUCAAGUCAGCACGCUACCGUGGCCAGUACAACACCUACCCCAUCAAACUUUUCUACACCUCCAAUAUUCCUAUCAUCCUGCAGUCUGCGCUGGUGUCCAACCUCUACGUCAUAUCUCAAAUGCUCUCCACUCGCUUCAGCGGAAACUUCCUGGUUAAUCUGCUGGGAACCUGGUCUGACACAUCGACUGGCGGUCCAGCCCGCGCUUACCCCGUGGGGGGUCUGUGUUACUACCUCUCUCCUCCGGAAUCAUUCGGCUCCGUGUUAGAUGAUCCGGUGCACGCCGUCAUCUACAUCGUCUUCAUGCUGGGCUCCUGCGCGUUCUUCUCCAAGACGUGGAUCGAAGUGUCAGGAUCAUCUGCAAAAGAUGUGGCGAAACAGCUGAAGGAGCAGCAGAUGGUGAUGAGGGGACACAGAGAGACAUCCAUGGUGCACGAGCUCAACAGGUACAUCCCCACAGCCGCUGCGUUCGGUGGCCUGUGCAUCGGUGGUCUCUCGGUCAUGGCUGACUUUUUGGGAGCGAUCGGCUCAGGCACUGGGAUCUUAUUAGCCGUCACCAUCAUCUACCAGUACUUUGAGAUCUUCGUUAAAGAGCAGAGCGAGGUCGGCAGCAUGGGGGCGCUGCUCUUCUAAAACGGACAGACGGACCUGCGCGUAUGCCGAGACACACCCUAGACAAACACUUUUAUUAUUUUUAUGAGCGUUUAUUACUAUUAUUUUAUAAAUUUCUUGGCACAGUGAGUUAAAGUGGUCCAUUCUGAACAGGGAGGGGUGAGAUAUUUAUGACAAACUUCGGAGCGGUGAGUGAUGAGUAAAGCUAGACUCUGUGAGCUCUGCAGAUCGACGGGUAAAAGUGUUUCGUUUCAAUUCUUUUGUCCCCCUGUGUGCUUGCUGCUCGACUGUAUUGAGUGUAGUGAUGUCACUGCUCACUUCUCCGUCAUGUCAGCCUUUCGUUUUAAGGCGCAGUGUUGUUCAUACGCAUUCUUGGCUGCUGUCAGUUUGACGCCACGGGAAUAUUCGCACUCACAGGAUCAGUAGACAUUCGGUUGUGACGUUAAAUCCAACCAUAUGCAUUUCAUCUAGAAUCUCCUUUCUUUUUUGUUUGUUUAGGUUUUUUUGGUGGUGUUAUUCAGGCUGAAAGCUGUCUCCGUAUAUAGUUCAGUCAUUCAAGGACAAAUAAAAGCGUUAUUUUGUUUAGUUUUUUCUGUGUCUGUAUAUAUGAUGAAAUGUGCCACCAUGUAACAAACCUUUUUUUUUUAUUUCUCCUUAAUAUGUAAAAAAAAAAAUGCUGAAACAUCCGUCUUUUGAGGGGGAAAAAAGUGCUCAUUCUCAAUAAAAGCUCUUUUGUGUAAA